AUGUCCUUCGCUAAUAUCGAUCUCGAGGCUCAGAGGCAGCCGCUUCUUAAGUCCGACCAGCCCACGGCAACUUAUGCAUCCGACGACGCACACGACGAAAACGGACAGGUUCCCGGCUCCAACACCUUAGAUUUUGUUAUCCAAAAGACUUCCCGUCUGUUGCAGGGCUUCAGCCAGUCGUUGUCGCAAUUCGACUCGCAGCGGAGGCAACUCGGCACCAAAAGAGACUCGCUCGAGCUCCGCACAAACACCGAUGCCUUGCAGAGUAACAUCUCGAAGCUUCAGAGGGCGAUCGAGACCCUCAUUGGGGAAUUGUCUCUCUUGAUGAACAAGUCGGCGGAGAGGAGCGCUAGUGGCGGUAGCAAUGCGAUGCAAGUUUCGGGCCGGCAAAUCAUCAUGAAGGAAAGACUAACCGCCGAAUUCCACGAACUUGUCAAGAAGUUUGCCAAGUUAUCCAAAUUAUACGCCGACAAAAAGCGAGUGACGCCCGUGGCUGAUGCAGUAGCGAACCAAGAAAACAACAACUCAAGCGGGGACGCAAGUGGGAGCCUGAGUAAGCAACAACACCAGCAGCAAGUUCAGCUUUUGGAGCAGGAGCAGGAGGAUCCUGAUAUAGUCGAGCAAACGGAAUUGCAGUACCAUCUACUACUAACUGAAGAAAGGAACCAGGAAAUCCAGCAAGUGGCAGAUGGUAUUAUGGAGGUGAACUCGAUAUUCAAGGAUCUAGGCCAAUUGCUAAACCGUCAAGGAGAGCAGAUCAACACCAUCGAGGAUAACAUUCUUCAACUACACGGCCACACGCAACAAGCAGACAGGGAGCUACAAAAGGCGAAUGCAUACCAACGGAAAAGAGGCAAGUGGUCUUGCAUUUUGCUAGUUGCUGUGUCCAUAUUCCUAUUAGUGGUGAUUCUUGCAGUCCUAAGCUAA